AUGACUUCCUACGAAACUUCUCCAUCUGAUCAUCUCUUACCACCACAUCCCAUUCAAACCAAACUAAAAUUAGCAAGAUCAAGAUGGAAAAAAAGAUUAGAAGCUCAAUCUACAGAUUACAAAUCAUUUAAAUCUAAUUAUAAAUCUCGUUAUAAUUUAGAACCACCUAAAGGAAUGAAAGAAUGGUUUAAGAUUGUCACGAAUGAUGGAGUGCUUUUGGUAGAUGAAUUUGAUGAGUUGAUGAACAGUUUGAAACCUUUUAGAACGAUGGAUUCAGAUGAAUUGAUCAGAAGAACGAUUGAGAUUUCAAAGAUGCCAACGUUUUCACUUUUGAAUAUCACAGCUCAUCAUGCCGAGUUUCAGGGUCAAAAUUACAGAGGUGAUGGCAAACAUUAUAGUCGUGAUCAUUAUGGUCCAGGUAUAGAAAGAGUAGAAGGUUUAGCAUCCAUGUUACAACGUCAUAUCAGUCUCGUUCCAGACGGUACCAUCUUUGCAGUUUCAGAAUUAGCCGAACCAAGAGUGAUAGUCCCAUGGCAAGAUCAUCCGAACACAUUAAGAGAAUUUGAUUUAUCAUUAUCAAGUGAAUCCCUCGAAAUCCCAUACCAUCAUCGAAUCCCGAAACCAAACUUAACGAAUCUAUUACCUACACCUAAUUUCAUUGGAUCAGGAUCAUCAUGGGAACUGUAUGCAAAAUCAUGUCCACCUGAAUCAUCAGCCCGAAAGAAACUAUCAAGUUUAAAAGGUGAAUCGACCUUGAAAGAUAAAAAGAAAGCUUUAAUGAAUCAAGUUUAUAAUCUGAGUGAAUUGGAAACUCUUUCGAUUGGGUUUAAUGGACAUCUUAAAACCGGACAAAACAAAAGAAGAUCAAGUCAAUCUGAACUAGAUUUUAAUGCUCAUGAAGAUCUAGAUUUAAACCAACACGAUAACAAUCAUCAUCAUCAAGAAGAAGACGAUCCAAUCCAAUCUAUCCCUACAGUUUCUUCUGGUCAAACUUUCACAAGUGCUCAACAAUUACUUAACGAAUCUAAACAAUUUGAAUUUGUUGAGAUUGGUUAUAAAGGUUUAAUGCAUUCUGAUCUUUGUUCGAAUUCUGAAUUACAUCAAAUUCAAGGUGCAUUCUUUAGUGAUUGGAGAGGUUUACAGGCUCUUUAUCCGGUCUUUAGUCCUUCUAAAAUCGAUGGUUUCUCAGACAUCCUGAUUCCAUCCAAUUUCUAUUAUGGUGAUGAUGCAAGAUAUUCAUUUGAAGCCAAUGAGACCAUUUCAUGGGAUCAGAAACAUGAUAAAUUGUUUUGGAGAGGUAAAACUACCGGAGGAGGAAAUUCACCUCCUCGACAUCAAUUACAAUAUCAAAGACAUCGAUUUGUUAGAUUAGCUCAAAGUAUGUCAAGAUCAUUAAAGUCUUUGUUGAUUCAAGAUCAACCGAACGGAUUACUUUAUCAUAUGAAAAGAACUAUUUCGGAUUUAAAUCAAGCAUGGUUAGAUGUAGGAUUCACAGGUUAUACAGGAUGUGGAGAUCCAGAUAUAUGUGAUUUAACAGCAGCUUUGUAUCCUUUAAAAGCUCCAGUUCCAUUAAGUGAAAUGGCAAGGUAUAAAGCGAUUUUAGAUUUAGAUGGAAUGGCUUUUUCUGGACGGUUUGUGGCUUUGAUGUCUAUGGGAUCUGGAGUGAUUAAAUCGACGAUUUUUAAAGAUGCAUUAACUGAUUGGAUCGAACCUUGGGUACAUUAUAUUCCAUUAAGUGUAGGGUAUGAAGAGAUGUAUAAUUUAUUAGGAUAUUUCUUACAUUUACCUGAACCAAGUUUAUCGAAAGAAGAAACAGAAGAAAUGAAAAAACAUGAAAACCGAUUAACAAGAUUGAUAGGAGAUUGGGUUCCUAUCAAAUGGUUUAAAUCUAAAAGAAGAAUGGGAGAUGGACCUGAUGAGUUGAAGAAAGUUGCACAGGAUGGACUUAGGUGGUCUGAGACUAUUGGAAAUAAACCGGAUAUUGAGGCUUAUGUUUUGAGACUUGCUUUAGAUCUUUUUUUGGAUGGAGAUACUGAUCAGCCUUCUUUUGGGGGGGUUAGAAUGGGCUAG